UUUGCCAGCGAGACGCCGAUCGUUAUUCGCCACCGCGCAGCCAUCCGGGCUACACACGUAUACUUGUACGCAGACAAGCAGCGUAGUUCGUUAUUGGCGGCUUUCGCGAAUAUCAUCGCUUUUCCCACCCGAGGAGGCGAGACCUCGAGUAAACCUGGAUAACGGAAGGGCUGCGUGAACAUCGCUCCCCCGGGAUACACACAGAAUCAGAAUGAGCACCCGAGUAUUCGUUGGUGGAUUAACUUACCGGGUGCGAGAGCGCGACCUUGAGAAGUUCUUCCGGAAAUAUGGUAGAAUCAAGGAGGUCGCUAUGAAGAACGGAUUUGCCUUUGUGGUAAGUCUAAUGUAAAUUAAUUGUUUCUUUUUACAGUAUGGUAGGGACAAGGGUCUAUGUCGGUGGGCUUCCAUACGGCACCAGGGAAAGAGACCUUGAGAGAUUUUUCAGAGGCUACGGUCGAUUCCGUGAUGUCCUCAUCAAGAAUGGCUACGGCUUUGUCGAAUUUGAUGACUACAGGGAUGCUGAUGAUGCAGUUUACGAGCUGAAUGGAAAAGAACUUCUGGGAGAAAGAAUUACUGUAGAGAGAGCCAGAGGUACGCCCAGAGGUAGCGACCAGUGGCGCUACGGAGACUCUCGUGGUGGAUAUGGAGACUCGAGGCGUUCAGCCCGAGACGAUAUGCGGCACGACAGAGAUAGUGUGAACAGAAACACGAGGACCACAUCUAGCUACAAGCAAUCAUUGCCCAGAUAUGGACCCCCGACCAGGACGGAAUAUCGCCUUACCGUCGAAAACCUUUCGAGCCGUGUUAGCUGGCAGGACUUGAAGGAUUACAUGAGACAGGCUGGAGAAGUCACCUAUGCCGACGCACAUAAACAACGUAGAAAUGAAGGAGUGGUCGAAUUCGCCACUUACUCCGACUUGAAGAACGCCAUCGAGAAGUUGGACGACACCGAGUUGAACGGUCGCAGGAUUCGCUUGAUUGAAGACAAGCGUCGUGGCCGCCGCUCACGAUCCUCGAGCUCAAGAUCUCGCUCGCGUUCCAGAUCGCGAUCUCGCCGUCGUUCGCGUUCUCGCUCCAGGAGCCGUCGCAGCUCACGUAGCCGUAGUCGCCGCAGCAGCCGCUCCAAGUCGAGGGCACACUCGAAAUCCAAAUCAAAGUCCAAAUCCAAGUCUCCUGAGCGCAGUCGCUCACGUUCCAAGUCCAAGUCAAGAGAUCGCUCAAAGUCAAAGUCGAAGUCAAAGAGCAAGUCCAGGUCCCGCUCCAGGUCUAAGAACGACAGAUCUAAAUCUAGGUCCCAAUCCAAAUCAAAGGCCAAAUCUCCAUCAAAGGAAAGAUCACGAGAGAGCCGUGAGCGCUCAAGAGGCGACAGAUCCAGAUCACCUUCUGGAAGCAAGCAUAGCAAGAGCCGCAGUCGCUCUCCAUCACCAAUGAACGGCGAUAAAUCACCAGAAAAACAGAAAGAUGAUUGAGCUAUUGUGUGCACUUUAAGCACUUGACUUGGAAAAGAAAUAAACUUCUUUGCCGAUUUUUUUUACAAUUGAAAAUAUAAAUUAUACACAACUCAAGAAGCCAAUCAUCUAUCUCGCCAAUUGCAGGAAACAACUUAGCGCGCGAAUUUCCAUUUUUACAUUUUAAUCAUAACAAUCAUAUUAUUAAUUGAACCGCAUUGAUCAUUGUAUCCCCGUUUGUUCUCGAUACAGAUGAAAAAAUAGAAUAUCUGUAAUCACGUAAAAAUUCGUUUUUGCGUAUGGCUUAACUAAAUUUCGUAAUAUGUUCUGGUUUAUUUACUGAGAACAAUAUAACGUGUACAGCAAUGACGUAUUGACUCUUGUACUCAGCUUAGGUUACAUUAUAUUUUUAUGUAUCUGCAUUUCUGACGUUAGAUAGCAAGUCAGAAGAUGAGAAAAACUUGCAAAUUUGUGAAAUAGCUUAUAUUGUAUGAUUUUCUGAAAUUAGGAUAACGACACGCGCGUCAAUUUACCAUCACUUGCAUAAUUCAUUUCAAACUUAUUGUGGAAUAUAUUGAUUCAGUAAAUAUAGGGAAACCUAGGGUGUAUAUGAGAGCUACAUAAAACUUGAUAAUAAGUGAUUUUGAAUGUCAGUGUGCAACUAUUGAGAGCAUUUUUCGAUUAAAUUGAUUCUUAUUGAAAGAUAAAAGGCGGGAUUCACAUUUUUUGAGGUUACCCCCUCCAUGUCAUAGGAUUUUUCCUGGUUUUUUGUAUAUAUCCCUGAUGCAGUAAUUUAAGAAAUAUUAAUAUGUGAUGUGUAUUGAGUUAUAGCGCUAAGUCUUACUGUCAUGAAUUAAAAAAAAAAGAAAGAGACAACCCCGAAAUCGAAUUGUAGACUAGCUUGUAUUUCUAUAAUGUAAGAUUGAAUUCUUAAUAAUGAAAAUGUACGUUUUCAUUGAUUACUUAAUUUGUCUCCGGUAGUGUCACGAAAUUGUUAAUUAUGCAUCACCAACUUUUAUUCUUCACGUAUACCUGGCUAAUGUAAAGACAGAAAUACAUUAUGUUCUUUGAUUAUUCGCUUAUGACAAAUUAAUAGUUUUAGAAAUACAUGUUAUAAUUUAUGAAAUAUUUCAAGAAAACUGCUGGUUUUAUUGAAUUAGAACAGAAAAUUAUAGUUUUUGAAAUAAAGUCGAUUUGUAAACUAAA